GGCAGGAUGGACAAGCUCAAGCGGGUUCUGAACGGGCAGGACGCGGAGGAGCAGGGCGGCCUAGGCGAGAUAGUUGAUACAACUUCAUUAAGCUGGGGCACGAGAGUGAAAGGCUUCAUCGCUUGUUUUGCCCUAGGAGUUCUGUGCUCUGUCCUGGGUACUUGCCUGCUAUGGGUGCCAAGGAGAGGACUAGUUCUCUUUGCAGUAUUUUACACUCUGGGGAAUAUUGCAUCCCUUGGAAGCACUUUUUUCCUUAUGGGACCUAUGAGACAAUUGAAAAGAAUGUUUGAGCCUACUCGUUUGAUAGCUACUAUUGUUAUGCUAUUGUGUCUCAUACUAACAUUGUGUUCUGCUUUCUGGUGGCACAACAAGGGGCUUGCUCUCAUCUUCUGCAUUUUGCAAUUUUUUGCCUUGGCAUGGUACAGCAUUUCUUUCAUACCGUUUGCAAGGGAUGCUGUGAAGAAAUGCUUUACUGUUUGUCUGUCAUAACAGAGAUGAGAGAUCGUUAAAUCCCCCUGCGGUUCAAAUAUCACUCUGUGGACCAGAAGAAAUGCACAAGCGUAUGAUCUUCAAGUGUCUAUAUUCUGAGAAGAGUGAUAGUAAGCUGUACUUGCUAUUGCUAAGGAAAUGUAUGCAGGAUUAAACUGCC